AUCAAGCAGUCCAGCUCUGGCACAGGCUGCAGCUGAUGGCAUUGAAGCGCUGAAUGGAAAGUGCAACAACUUUGGCUUGUUGACAACACCACAGCUACAUUACAUUGUUUGCUGUCAGAACACUCAGGGCCAGUAUGGAGAACCAACGGAGGAGGGAUACUAUAGAAAACUUGCUACAGCAUUCCUAAAACUUAAUAAGGAGAGGAAAGCGUCUAAGUAUGUACCAGAAAUUUAUGUUGAUCUUGCAAAUGGUGUUGGAGCACCAAAAAUGAGAUUGCUAAUCAAUCAACUGGAAGGUGCCUUAAAUAUACAUUUCAUCAACGAUGGUUCAUCUGGAAAGCUCAAUCAUCAGUGUGGUGCUGAUUUUGUCAAACUGUAUCAGGCCGCUCCAGUAGGAAUCAACCUGGAACCUGGCAUGAGAUGUGCAUCUUUUGAUGGGGAUGGAGACAGGAUUGUCUACUUCUACAAGACUGCAGAAGGCAAGUUUGCACUGCUGGAUGGAGACAAGAUUGCCACUCUGUUUGCAGGUUUCUUGAAUGAGCUGCUGACGUCCAGUGGUUUGACACUCAGUCUCGGUCUAGUGCAAACAGCGUAUGCCAAUGGAAGUUCUACCCGCUACAUUUCAGAUGUAAUGAAAGUUCCUGUUGCUUGCGUGCCAACUGGAGUCAAGUAUCUUCACCAUAAAGCUCAAGACUUUGACAUUGGGGUGUAUUUUGAAGCAAAUGGACAUGGCACAGUACUGUUCAGUGAUAAUGCUAGAAAAAUAAUUGCCAGUCAAGUUUUGGAUGAGAGCUUGGAUGACAGCAGAAAGAGUGCCACUGUAAGACUGGCCACAGUUAUGGACCUUAUCAACCAAACUGUUGGCGAUGCUAUAUCAGACUUGUUGGUUGUGGAGACUGUUUUGGCAAGCCGAGAUUGGACAUGUCAGGACUGGGACUCGGCUUAUACAGAUCUGCCUUCUCGGCAAAUUAAGGUUAAGGUGAAGGAUCGCUCGGUUGUAGAAACAACUGAUGCUGAAAGGAGGACCACAAAACCAGAAGGGCUGCAGGAAGCUAUUGAUGAGAUUGUUUCUCGUUAUAAAAAUGGCCGUGCAUUUGUCAGACCAUCUGGUACAGAAGAUGUUGUGAGAGUAUAUGCAGAGGCUGACACUCAGGCAAAUGCUGACAAGCUGGGCUAUGAGGUGGGUCUGCUAGUUUAUAAUCUUGCCGGAGGAACUGGCGACAAACCAUCACCACCAGCUCACUGA